AUGCGUUUCUCUUUAUCCACUUUGCUCUUGGCUGUCGUGCCCAAAGUCUUUGGCGACAAGCAUUACUUCUUUUCUGGAUUCUUCACGGGGAAUAUGAUUGUAGCUAUCGAUGAACGCAAAAGGAAUGUCUACGUCGCAACGACCGGCCAAAUCCAAAGCUACGCCAUAAAAUCAAACCGCAGCCUCACAUCCACCAGCAACAUAACCCUCUCCUCCUCCUGUCAGAAUGCAAACUACAUAGCCACUACAAACGCUUCUCCCUACACUGUCUUCGGCGUCGCCUACAGCACCGGCUGCGCCGCCCAAGCCCUCGCCGUCGACUCCACCGGCGCUCUCACUGCUGCCACCGCAAAUCUGACUUACAACAGCACCUCUGGCGUCCAUGGGCUUGACAUUAGCCCGGAUGCUGCAUUCGUGUACUCUGCCGAUGAUAUGGGCAAUGCCGUCUGGGCGCAUUCGUACGACAGAGAGACGAAGACCGCGCAGACACUGCAGUAUCUAGCUGCGCCCGAGGGUGCAAAUCCGAGGCAUUUAGCUGUACAUCCGAAUGGGGCCUGGGUGUAUGCCAUUUACGAAGAGGCGAACUCAUUGGCGGUGUACAAGAGAGAUAAUAAGACAGGAUUGUUGACAGACGAGAAAACGACGUAUUCGCUGUUGCCGGCUGGUUUCACAAACACAUCCUCCUACUGGGCCGAUGAGGUCAAAUUCUCCCUCCCCACCUCAAACUCUACCAACACCACCACUUCCUCCCUUACCAAUUUCAUCACCUCCGCCCAACCGAAAUACCUUAUAACCGGCACCCGCUCGCGCUCCACCAACGCCACUGGCUAUGUCUCGGCCUUCGCCCUCGACGCCUCCACUGGCGCCAUAACAUCCCAGCUCUUCCUCCUACCCACGACGGCCAGUGGUGGAUCCGCGAAUGCGGUGUCGCCAGCGCUAUUUAGAGAGGAGUAUCUUGCUAUUACAGAUAGUGGGGCAAAUUUUGUGGAGGUGUGGAAGAUUGAAAGGGAAGGGGUAGGGGCGAGCGCGGUGGCGCGUUUGGGGUUUGAAAGUGGACCGGCGAAUGUGGUGUGGAUGGACUAG